AUGGAGCAAAAACCGAAAAUUAGAACUUUUUCAGCGCUGAACCGGACCCUUCCUGUCAGAAAGGAGAUCACCGCAAAGAAAAAUUCCAGGAAAAGAGGAAUUGAUAUUGAUGCGGAAGAAAGCCCAGCAAAGAAGGCAAAUAUUGUGGACACUAUGCCAAGAACUGGCAAAGCGAGAAAGAAGAUAGAAUUCUUCAGCAAAGGAGGAGACUGCGACAAUUCGGAAUGUCAGUCAUGCAACCAAAAACAGCUCGAAUAUGAGAUUCUUGAGGAAAAAUACAACAACCUCAAGAAAAUGGUCCAGAAUUUCGGCAGAAACGUUGAUCGAUUCAGGAAGAUCACAAACAACUCUAAGAUCGAAAAACGAAGAGUCAAGAAAGCGAUCUAA